AUGAUCGGAUUUGCUGCGGGUGCCGGUUUCCUCCUCUUUGGUUAUGAUCAAGGUGUCAUGGGAGGUCUACUGACGCUCCCUUCCUUCACCGAGACGUUCCCUUCGAUCGACACGUCCGGACAAGACGGAACCUCGUACGCUUCUACCCUCCAAGGUGUGACCAUCGGUCUCUACGAGAUUGGCUGCUUCAUGGGCGCCAUCUCCUGCCUCUGGCUCGGUGACAGUCUCGGUCGUCGUCCUGUCAUCUGGAUCGGAACGAUCAUCAUGAUCGUUGGCGCCAUCAUUCAGUGCUCGUCCUUCUCUCUCGCCCAGCUCAUCGUCGGCCGUAUCGUCACCGGUGUCGGAAACGGCAUGCACACGGCCACGAUUCCCGUUUGGCAGUCAGAGUGCUCGCCCCCUCACAAGCGCGGUAUGCUCAUCAUGAUCGAGGGUGCUUUGAUUACUGGCGGUAUCUGCAUGAGCUACUGGAUCGACUUUGCCUUCUACUGGAUCGACCCCUCGAGCCGUGACAGCAGCAUUACUCGCCAGGACCUUGCUGGUCCCAACUUCCCUCACGCCUCGGCCGCUUGGCGUGUGCCCGUCGCCUUCCAGAUCUUGCUCUGCAUUCCCACCUUCAUCACAAUUUGGAUGCCCGAGUCGCCUCGUUGGCUCCUACUCCGCGGCCGUGACGAUGAUGCUCGAGCCGUCCUUGCCUCGCUCGACCGCUUGCCCGUGGACGACGCUCUCAUCGACCUCAAGGUACAGGAGAUCAAGGACUCCAUCGCCGACGCUUCCGGCGUGGGCGUCAUGGACCUCUUCAAGCAGGGCAAAGAGCGCAACUUCCACCGUACUGCGCUUGGGUUCGUCAUUCAGAUGUUCCAGCAGAUCUCCGGUAUCAACCUCAUCACGUACUACGCCGCCACCAUUUUCGAGAACAACAUCGGCAUGUCGCCACUCGUCUCGCGUAUCGUUGCCGCAGCCAACGGAACGGAGUACUUUGCCGCGUCAUGGAUCGCCGUCUACACCAUCGAGAAGUUUGGUCGUCGCAACCUGAUGAUCUACUCGGCUUUCGCAAUGAGCUUCUGCAUGGCCAUCCUUGCCGGUACCACAUCGCCGGCGGCGCUCAACCCCGUGGGAGGCGUUCCCGACGCCAAAGCCCAGAACAAGAGCCCCGCCUACGCGGCCACCGUCUUCCUGUUCUUGUUCAACACCUUCUUCGCCAUUGGAUGGCUCGGAAUGACCUGGCUCUACCCUGCUGAGAUCACUCCUCUUUCGAUCAGAGCCGCCGCCAACGGAAUCAGCACGUCCGCCAACUGGCUCUUCAACUUCAUGGUCGUCCUGGUCACGCCCGUAGCCUUCGCGACCAUCUACAAUCGCACCUAUAUCAUCUUCGCCGUGAUUAACUUCGCCAUGGCCAUUGCAAGCUGGGCUAUAUUCCCAGAAACAGCGGGUCGCUCGUUAGAGGAGAUGGAUGGCAUCUUUGCGCAGGCUUCGAUUUUGAACCCUUACGACGUCGUCCGCAUCGAGAAGAACACGCCGCGCCGAUACGACACUUCGGGCAAUUUGCUUGCUUACGACAAUAUGCUCUCCGAGGAGGGCAAGGUUCCCUCUCGCGGCGCCGAGAACGAGAAGAACGACGCCGUAGCUCACGAGACGGGGUCGGCGAGCUCCUCUCACUGA